UAGGAAAGCACAGCCCAGCCCCGACUGCCCAGGUGGAGCACCCUUGCAGCUAGAGAAGACAGGAGCGCACCGGUACGGCGCCAGGCACAGCAGCAAAGCAGGGUUCGGCGAGGGGUAGAGCUGAGCCACAGCCUCACGCGCAGCCCGGGACCCAUUCGCCACCGCCGUCUCCGCAGCACCCAUGGGGACCAGGAGACUUUAACGGAGUUUGGGGUUUCAGGAGCAGGGAAAUCACCGAUCCCAGUUCCUGGCCCUCGCCUCGCCGCGUCAUUGAUGGGCAACCAACUGGACCGCAUCACCCACCUCAACUACAGCGAGUUGCCCACAGGGGACCCGUCCGGGAUUGAGAAGGACGAACUUCGGGUCGGGGUCGCCUACUUCUUCUCGGAUGAGGAGGAGGACCUGGACGAACGCGGGCAACCCGACAAGUUUGGCGUGAAGGCCCCCCCAGGCUGCACCCCCUGCCCAGAGAGCCCUAGCCGCCACCACCACCACCUGCUGCACCAACUAGUCCUUAACGAGACUCAGUUCUCCGCCUUUCGGGGCCAGGAAUGCAUCUUUUCCAAAGUGAGCGGCGGCCCUCAGGGCGCGGACCUGAGCGUCUACGCUGUCACCGCGCUGCCAACGCUCUGCGAGCCCGGCGACCUGCUGGAGCUGCUGUGGCUACAGCCGGCUCGGGAGCCGCCCGCGCCGGUCCCGCACUGGGCGGUGUACGUGGGCGGUGGGCACAUUAUCCACCUGCACCAAGGCGAGAUCCGCCAGGACAGCCUGUACGAGGCGGACGCGGCCAACGUGGGCCGGGUGGUGAAUAGCUGGUACCGCUACCGCCCGCUGGUGGCCGAGUUGGUGGUGCAGAACGCCUGCGGCCACCUGGGCCUCAAGAGCGAGGAGAUCUGCUGGACGAACUCGGAAAGCUUCGCCGCCUGGUGCCGCUUCGGCAAGCGGGAAUUCAAAGCCGGAGGGGAGGUGCCGGCCGCCACGCAGCCCCCGCAGCAGCAGUACUAUCUUAAGGUGCAUCUGGGGGAAAACAAAAUCCACACUGCCCGGUUUCACAGCCUGGAAGACCUCAUCCGCGAGAAGCGCCGCAUCGACGCCAGUGGCCGCCUGAGAGUGCUCCAGGAGCUGGCCGACUUGGUGGACGACAAGGAGUAGCCUGCCUGCCCCGCCUGUGUCCAGCGCCGGGUUCCCUUCCAGUCUGUGCCGGGCGGGCUUCGCGGCUGGCAGUUCUUGAUCCCCAACCCACCCCCGCGUGCGUCAGCCGCCGGUGGUCUGUGCGAGGGGCUGCACCCUUGCACCCCGCCGGCCAGCGGCAGGAAGUCUCAGGAACUGACCCUGGGACUGAAAGGGCGCAGCUGCGCGCGCCUCGCUGAGAGCCUCAGUGGUGGUAAAGGUGUUGGGAGACCCCAGAGAGUGCUUUUCCCUUGAGUUGUAAAGGGAGAAGGGAAACGGGUAGAGGAGAGCAGGGACGUGACCUUUCCCGUGAGUCAAUGGUCAGUGGCUUGCACCUGACAGGGAAAUUACCCAUUACUAAAAAGGGACCUUCAAUACCCCAAAUGUGCACAGACAGGCCAGUCGGAGGCGAGGAUUGGUCUUUUCAGGGCACCGUUCACCUCCUGUAUGAAUGUGUCCCCAGAAUGCAGGAUUUCCAAGAAAUCAAGCCUGCCCCUUGUGCACUUGUGAAUAGUUCUGUGAGAAAGCACUUCGGGACUCUGGGUUAUCCUGAGGCUGCCUGGGACUCUUCCAGCUCUCCAGCCCCAGGUCUCCUGACUUUAUUCCAGGCUCUGGGCUAAGCUAGAUAGUUUUUGCUUCCUGUUCUUUGCACCAGAGGGAGCAGACGCCACCCCACCCGCAUUUGCCUGUGAGUCUCCCUCCUUGGCAGAAAGGGAAGCCUUCCGGUCUGGGAGGACAAUAGCAUGGCUAAUUUGAUGUGGAGAGCGGGCCCCACCCGGGAAAAGGAGAUAGUUCACCUGGUGUCUGGGAACUUGAAUGGGUACAGAAGGGCGCUUAUUGUUCUGAACCCUUGAUUACUCCCUCCUCGGGCUGCAUUUCAAAAAUAGUCAUAUUUUUAAAGGGAUUGGAGGAGUGGGAGGGGGAGGACACGGCAACAUUCCAGAAACCAGCAUUAUGACAACACCAUAGCCAGUAUAUUUAGUUUGGCUUUUCCUAACAUAGAAAUCUUAGAAGCUGGGGAAAAGGAAAUCAAGUUUGAAAAAACGAGAGAGCAGUUUUCCAACUAUGUCAACAAAGCCUAUCGUGUUGAUGUUUUUAUUGACCAUUUUAGCAACAUGCUAAUAAAAUUUCAAAUUGAAAUUUUUAUUUUCAUGGCUUUAAUCCAUGAUAGUUUAAAUACUGGGGGCCAUUAAGAGUGGAUUUAGCUAAGAGCUUAGCUAACAUUUGCCUUUUCACUCUAUUCUUUCUCAAAUCGUAUGAGAAUUCUGUUUUUGAAUAUUGUAGUUAUUUUAUUUUAUUUUAUUUUAUUUGGCUUAAAAAGCAGCCCUAGUAAUGGUGGAGUUGUUGAUUAAUGUGUAUAUUGUACUGAAUUUCUGUUAGUUAAAGGGUUUACUGCUUUGGUGGAAAUCACUAGCAGGUUCCAUGAUGGUUCUUUUCUCCAUGUUGUGUAUCAUUACCAUUUCACAUUUGCAUUUCUAUUUUUUUCUCUUCUCCUGAUCUCCUUAAAAAGGAAUCUAGAGUUUGUGUGUCCCCCCACUCCCUGCCCCUUCUUCAGCUAGUCCCCCAGUUCAUUCCUGAAAACAGGGAAUAACUUGAAGAAUCGGGACAAAAAUAUAUUUUCCAAAAUCUUAAGGUUGUAUGAAACUCAUUCCUUGAGCAAGGGUUUACAAACUUCUGUCCUUGGGCUGCAGCCCCAGUCUGACUGAUUGUUAGUUACUGACUGAUUGUGACUUGGCUCUGUGUAUUAAGACACCUUACAGCAUCUGUCUCUUUUGAGGGAAUUUGUCAAAUAAUGGUGUUUAGCUAAUUGUUGCAAUCAAUUGCAUAAUAACAGCUACAAUUUAGUUGGACAGCAAAUAUUAUGGCCAAAAGCCAGUUUCUGGCAUUUCAAAAAUAAUGCAAUAAAAACUAGUCGAGGUUAGCUGAGACUGGAAAUGCCUUUUCCAUGGUAAAUGAUUCAUUUCUGUUGUGUGUGUGUGCGUGUGUGUGUGCGUGUGGUUUUGUUUUGUGUUUUGUUGGUUUUUAUUCUGGAUUCAUUUCCUGACCUUGAAUCAAAAGGUCGGAUCAAUGAAAUAUGAACUAAAGUAUUUUUCUUAAGCCUACUGAGUGAUUUAUUUUUUGAAAAUGUUUAAAUGUAUAUGCUUCUCUUUCAGCACAUGCAACAGCAAAAGUUUUAUAAUAACUAUCUUAACUUUGCAUGUAUGGAGAACUGAAAGUCAUCUAUUUCCCUAACUUAUUCUUCUCAAUAACAGAUGGCAGAUCAUAAACCAAAAUUCUUUAUUGUAUCCACAUACUCCAUAUUCUUUACUGUGUCCUACUACUGUAUCUUGGCUCCCUGCUAUAUUAAAAACCAUCCUAAGCA